AUGACAGUCUUGAUUGGAUUUGACGGGCACGUUGCUCCAGCCGGGUGUGCGGUGCCAACAUAUCGGGCGAGGCGUCACGCAGUAGAGGCAGCGCAGAUUCGUCUGGCACGGAGCGGCCAGUUUGCUUUCCAGGAGUCCAUUGUCCUCACCACCCGCAGCAAGAGGAAGGGAAGGCAACAGCGGCCCGGCACCGUCCUGGUCACCACCGGGAUCAAGAAAGGCAGCAAGAAGGGCCCCGAGCAGCUGAAGAAGGCCCAGUUUCGUCAUCCUUCCAUGUGGUCGACGCAGUGCCUGCGGGCAGUGCCCCUGCAGAUCAUCGCGACCACCUACAACCGCCCAGAGAUGCUGGCAAUGGCCCUCACCAAGUACAGCAAGAUCAAGAAGUCUUUCAAGAAGAAGGUGGCGCUGCAGUCCGUACGCAGCCGGAAGUGA